AUGACUGGGCUGUUAAAGAAGAGCAAGGAGUGCCACAAGAUCGCUGGUGCCAUUGAGAAGAUCAGGAAAAAUCUCCAGGAGGUGACAGACCGGCGUGGUAGAUUCACCGUCGACAGCAUCGUGGCCAAGCCUGCAGCAUCAUUGCGGACUGUUGAUCCUCGCCUUACUGCUAUGUACAGAGAAGCGUCACAGAUCAUUGGCAUCGACAAGUCAAGGGCUGAUCUUAUAUCCAUGCUGUCGCCCAACGAGAAUGACGAGUCCAACCAGAAGAUGAAGAUUGUUACUGUUGUGGGAGUUGGUGGGCUUGGCAAAACUACUCUUGCCAAGGCAGUGUUUGAUCAGCUUAAAUCUCUAUUUGGUUAUGGGGCUUUUGUUCCGCUUGGCCAAGAUCCAGACGUGAAUAAAGUCUUCCGGGACAUUCUUAUAGAUCUUGACAAGAAAAAAUAUACAGAUUUGAAAUGCACAAUGUUGGAUGAAAGGCAGCUCAUCAACAAGCUCCAUGAUUUCCUUCGAGCAAAGAGGUACGAAAGAAUACGCACCCAAUGA